AAUUAUUUAACGUACAACAACCGAGCCAAGCAGUUGUCUUGGUUUCCAAACCUCUCUUGCCGGAAAGCCUACCGUUGCGCCGUAUUCACUUUGUUUCGUUUUAAAAAUAGUUAAAUCCAGUGUCAUGUUCAUCAAGCUGUUUACCCUAAUGUUGGCCGUAACUGGAGUCUGGAGUGCCGCGCUCCCGGAAAAUCAGGUAGCAACUGCGGCCAGGACAACAACAGGUGACUUGGCAACCGCCGAGACUUCGGCCAAGUUGCUAAAUCUGUUUGGAACUGGCACUGGCUAUCCGAACUAUGGCUACAACUACAAUCGCCCGAGCAAUCCCUACUAUCCCGGCUACCAUACGAACUACUACGGCUCAUCGGGCUAUUACCCAGGUUCUGGAUACGGAUCUACCGCCUACUAUCCCAACCAGGGCGGCUAUGGUUCCUACUAUCCAACCCAGGGCUAUAACUACUAUUCCACUAGCAGUUAUCCCACCACGAACAUCCUGGGCAGCCAAGGAGCCGGAUACGGAGGAUAUGGUGGCUACGGAGGCUAUGUGCGCAGUACUUUCGGCUAAAACCGCCAAGACACAAGAACUUAGCCAAAUGUUACACUCCGGCACGCAUCAGAAUUAACACACAAAAAGAUCGUAAAACUUAUAUAAGCAAUUUAUUAGCAAGCACACAUCUCCGAGGACGAAAUAACCCCUGAACCGGCAAACUUUAACUGCAACGUCGCAUCGAAAAUAUCUCCAAGUUUUUGCGGGGAGACAAAGUGUGUGCAGCAUCUUGAGUACUAAGCCUUAAAUUUUAAGUAAAGUCAUGUUUAUGUUUUCCCCUUCGGCAUCUGCAAGCUCGUAAAUGCAGCGCAGCAAAGUUUUCACUUGAAUUUUCUCGGAAAAGCGCCCGAGUCCCUUUGCCAGUUGAGCAUGUGCUGAGAGCAAUUUGUGAUAAGCUAAUAGAUUUCCCCUGUUAAAUAAAGCAAUGUUUCCCAACAAA